CUAAUCGAAAACACUAACAACAGCAACAUCAUGAAGUCAGAGUUACUAUUUAAAAUUGGAAAGUUUAACUUUGCAGGAUAUAUUUGUGUGUGCGAUUAUUUGUAAGAUACAGUCAUGGAGUUAAAGUGAAUCCUGGACUCCAACAAAUAUUGAAAAUGUCAAUAUUUGUUAAGGAUCCUUGUGGUUUCAUUUGUAUUACUCUUACCUACAUUGCAGUAUUUUAUGCAGAUUAUGUAGUCAUACGAUGGGUCAUCAUGCAAACCAUGCAAGACAGCUUGUGGGCCCCGUUCCACGUGGUGCUAUUCAACACAGUCAUAUUUAUGCUGUCGCUGUCUCACCUUAGAGCCAUGUGUUCUGACCCUGGAGCCGUGCCUUUGCCACAGAACAGGAUGGACUUCUCUGACAUACAUUCAGGUUCCGAGUCUUUGCUACAAAAUGAGGACUGGACUGUGUGUACGAGGUGUGAGACAUACCGUCCUCCGCGGGCUCACCAUUGUCGGAUCUGCAAACGAUGCAUCCGCCGCAUGGAUCACCAUUGUCCCUGGAUCAAUAACUGUGUGGGGGAGCGCAACCAAAAGUACUUUAUCCAGUUUCUAGUCUAUGUUGGACUACUCGCCCUGUACGCGAUCGCUCUGGUUGUCACAAGCUGGCUUAGGGCGUGUCCGCAAUGUCCUACGGAAGUCAACCUGAAGCAGGCAAGAAUACUACACUGUGUCAUCCUGGUGCUGGAGUCAGCACUGUUUGGUAUGUUCGUCAUGGCCAUCCUCUACGAUCAGCUGGAAGCUUUGGCAAAUGACGAGACUACUAUUGAACAACUUCAGUCGGGCAGUGGACGGGGGAUGAGUAUUCACAAGAUCAUCAUGUCCCAGUUAUGUCGUCUGCCGUGUUCUGGAAGACAGUCAGGCACAGGCAGUACACAUUCUGUGUGAGGAACAACCGAGAUUAUGGAACAAUCAAGCAUACGUUCUGUGUAGAACAACCCAGGUGCUGGAACAGUUUAACGCAAAUUCUCUGACGAGAAUCCAAGACAGUAGAACCAUUGGGUGGUGUUACAGUCCUGAUAUUUCUACUCUUGCAUACGAUAAAACAGCACUUUUACCAUCCAAAUUUAAUGUACUAUAUCUAUUUUCCCUUACCUUUUUAUACUUAAUUAUUGCAUCAAAUUUAAUCUCAACUGCUUGUUAACUUAGACCGUGUGGUCUGUGAUGAUCAAAAGAUAGUAAAGUAAUGCUACACUGUAAACUACAAUAGCAAGUCAAUGGCUUGGCCAAUCUUGAACCAGCAAUUUUAGUCUUAUCAGCUAAAGACGCUAUCAUCGAUAUUCCAUGUUCAGUAAGAAUAAUGAUUUUUUUUCAUUGAGACCUUUGGUUAUUUGAACUCAGUUUACAAAUUUAAGUAGCAUUAUUCAAUUGUUAUCCUUUAGCAACAAGAUGAUUUUCACGGGUUAGUCUACGAUUGUGUUCCAUUAAGUAAAUCAUGAAUACGAACUUAAAUUUUGUACAUGUUCUGGAUGGAUAGUAACAAACAUCACGUAUAUAUUUGUCGUAUUAUUUGCUAAAAAUGAUGCAUGUAAUUCUCAUUGUCGUAUGUGUAAUUGAGAUGUACAAUACAGACAUAUUAGUUAUAAGGUAAGAUAGAUCUAAAUUAUUUGUACAAAAUACUUUUAAUCGGCAAUUGCUGUGUUGUAAUAUAAAUUUAGCACAUGUAUAUAUUGAUUCAUUUUUUUAAGUUUUGUCAUUUAUGAAAUAUUACAUUUUAUUUUUUAUGUUAUUUGUUAAAUUAUUUACUUGCUUUAAGCUUAAGUAUGUAUUUGUACAUUGUAAAAUAUGUAUAGCCUAGUGCUUUAUUAUGGAUAGUGAUUUUAAAUUUGUGAUUCUUGUAUCAUGAUCAAAUGUAUGAAUUUUAUUCUGAUAAAACUAAAUGUGCAUUUUUAAAAAUUGGUCAAAUUCUGAUUUUUAUAGGCUGUUUAAAUUUUUUAAAGUUAAGACUUGCAAAACUCAUCCAAAUAAGUAUAAAAAUCAUAGCUUAAUUUUAAAGUGUGUUUGUAUACUAGAGCUACAUUAUACCAAUUUUACGUAAAGGCGCUUAUAUUCAUGACAUGCAUUUAGCUUCAUUUUAUUGGUGAGUAAAAAAUACUGACUAACAAUUUUUCUUUUCCAUUUUCAAAUUUUCUUCUUUGCAUGUGUCAAACCAAUGUUGUAAAUUCAUUGUUAACAAAACAAAAUGAUAUAACCUAAAAUAAAUGGGAUGGUGAACAAUGUAAAUAAUACAAUUCAAAUGCACAACUAUUUGUAUUUAUAAUACUAAUGCCAAAUGAAAUUUUAGUGAGAUUGUUCUGAAACAAAACAGAAGUUUAAGAAUUAGUGGUUUUUAUUUGCUUCUUUUAUGGGGCAUCCAAGUGCUCUGAAAUCACUUUUACUACAAAUUAUGAGUUAUGGUUUUCAUCACAACACAAAUUUUAUUUUCAUCACUCCGUAACGAAAGUAACUAUUUUCGAUAACAGCUGACAUCAAUGAAAGUAGCCGUUUCCCAAGCUCUAAUUUAGGGCGAGGGAAAAUCGAUCAGCUUAUUUUCCCUCGCUCUAAAUUUACUUUCCCUCGCUCUCAAUUAGUUCUUCAUUUAUUCACUACGUGCGCUAGUGUUUUGUUACAGUUUAAUUUAAUGAUUUGGAACAGCUGUUUUUAUUGUUGCUUAAUCUAAAUCUAUACAGAAACAGGCAUUAGUUUGUUUUGCUGUGUUUUUAACAUAAUGCAUGUUUGGAAUUGCUCAAAGUAUGCCUAACAAUACUGAAGAUUUUAUGAAAACAGCUUAACUUAUCACAUUUAACCAGAUAAAUCAUGGGAAGGAUAAGAAGAGGAAUACAGAAAGCUUAGACACUGGUACAUAUUACAAAAUGUUAAGUUAAUGAACAUGACGAAGUAUUUAUUAAUACAUUAUUUAUCUAAAUACUCUACAAUUAUGAAACCAUAUUAUGUAAGUUGUGAUUUUCAAUGAUAAAGAGUAGUCUAAAACUAUUUUAAUCCUACUGAAAUAUGAUAUUCUGAAUGUGUGCAUUUUUGCUUCGUGAUGAAAAGUAUCGUUCAUAACUCGUACCAAAAGCUUUUUUCCGACACUUGCUCCAUUAUUCCCGUCCUCGGCUUUGCCUCACACAUGAAACUUGAGCGCGCGUCGGAAAAUGCCGCUUUCGGUCCUAGUAAUGAAAUAUACUAUUUUCUGUUAACAUUUAGAUUGCUUAACAGUAGAAACAGUUGAUUUAAACAUUAAAAAAUGGUUGCGCUAAACUGAUUGAGGGCAAAGGAAAAUAAAUUUAGAGCAAGGGAAAUUAUCUUAACGUCUUUCUCUUGCUCUAAAUUAGAGCUUGGGAAACAAUUUUCAUCAUUCAGAAAGUAGCUAUUGUUGACAACAGCUGAUAUCAAAAUUAAUCAGCUGUAUGUAUGUGUUCUGUAUGUAUUUGUUUCCCAAGCUUGGACAGAGUUUGUGUUUGCUACAAAAAAACCUUGAAAUUCUCGUUUUUAUGUUGUUACAAAUGUUUGCUUUAAGCCAUUUGUUUUAUUAUUAUUAAGAUAGCAACUUCUUAAAAUAAUUACAGUAGAACCCCGGUUAACACAAAUAAAGGGGGAAAGCCGUUUCAGAUAACCAAUUUUUCGGUCAACCCGUAAUAUGCUAAAAAAUAGCCUAUGUAUUACCACAGUGUGUAGAAAAAUGAAUUUAAAACAAUAUCUAUAUAAUACAGUGUUUUAGAUACAGAAGUGUUAGAACGGGUUAGAAAAUACUUUAAACAAACAACUGAAGUUGCUAAAGCAUUUUACAUUGCGUAUUAUGUAUAUUAGCUUUAUAUUUUUUUUGGUUAAUGGCGGUUCUACUGUAUGAUUAUUUAAAAAUUAUAAAUUAUCAAAAUCCUUAGAAAAAUAGGUUUGAUUUUAGCAAGCUCUGUUGUACUAGAGUAUUUUAUGUUUGCAUCGUGAUGAAAAAUAUCGCUGCAAAUUUGUACCGAAAGUGAUUUUCUGGCAUUUGCAGGUCCGCAGAUUUAAUGUGACAGGCUAUUUCCACCACCUAUCUCUCUUCAUUACCAUGGAUUUAUUCACUUUGCGCCCCUCAAACACACCCAAAACCUCUUGCAGCGGUGGGCCCGGCACAUUUAAUAAAGCGUCCCUGCGUACUUGCUACAAUUAUUCCCAUCCUCGGCUUUGCCUUGUAUGUAAAAAUAAUAAACAUGAUUGGCGUCAUCUCAAAGGGAAAUUUUGUGUUCGGCCUUACCAUACCUCAAACGGAUAAAGUUUGAGCACGGAUCGGGAAAUGCCACUUUCAGCACUAAUAAUAAAAUAUACUCUUCCUUUAAUCAGCUACAGCUAAAUAAAAUCAUGACAGAUCAUACAAAAUUGCUAGAAUUUCUCUGGAGACAGAGUGCUGAAAAUGUUUUUAUUUUUUGAUUAGUUUACUAUCAUUUUUUACAUUCCAUUUUUUGUUGUGAACUUUAACUGGAAUAGCAAAACGUCGUCACUACUGGACAGAUGUUUUUAAAACUGAAUUUUCAUUAAAAAAAUAAUUACAGUAGACUACAGUACUGUACUAUGUUUUUAAUAUUCCACAAAUGAAUGAAAAAAAAAUUUUCACUAUUUAGGAUCUUUACGAAUUCUAAAAUUCAAAAAUUCUAGGGAAAAUGUUUUUUUCUUUACAAAGUCUCUAAUUUUAUUCGUUUUUCCACUUUUGUACCAACCCUUGCCCUUUCAAAUAUGAUGAUUAAUGUGUUUCAAGUUAAUAAUUUAUUAUUAAUGUUAUUUGAUUGUAGAAGAUGCGAAUGAUAUUUUGUGUAAACAUAUCACAAGGAAUCAUCCAAUACAUGUGUACUUGUAAUUUUAAUUUAUACUCUUUUUUAUAUAAACUGAAUAAACUUUUGUUCACAUACA